UAAUUCCCUUCUCUCUCCCUCUCUCUCUUUCUCAAGAGUUGCAGGUCUUGAGGUUCUCUCUGGGGAGGAUUUUGCUGAACAUGGAGGGGCGCGACUCGUACGGCACGUCGUGGGCGGACCAGUGGGACAACAACCCGGACCCAGCUCCGGCGGAGAACGACAAGAAGAAAAGCACCACGAGCAACAUCACGACGGCCAAGUACAAGGAGAAGAUGGGGGAAGGCCUCGUCAAGACCAAGACCGCCGCUUCGGACGGGGUCAAGAAGGUCAAAGAAGGAACCUCCGUCGGCAUCCAGUGGAUCAAGGAGAAGUACCAGAAGACCACCGGCAAGAACUAAUUUGGCUUAGUUCUCUCUCUCUCUCUCUCUCUUUCCGGGUCAUGUGACAGUUUUUCUGUUUGGUUCUUUCGAUUGUUUCCUUCAUCUGUAUUAUAGAGACAUAUGCGU